ACGUCGGCAGAGAGAACUCCAUACGAAAAAAGGAGGAAAAAAAGUUUAGGGACCUCGCAAACAGUCACGUGGUUUUCACAUUUAAAACAGCAAAGAAUAUUUCAUAUAGUAUAAAUUAGCAGACCUGAGGCCCGAUGCCAAACUGAGAUUGCGAAAAGUUUUCCGGAGGUGCAGCGCACCCGUCGUUUGUCUCAGGUGCGCUAUUUCAGGAGUAAAUAACGUGAUAUCGAGCGGACCGUUUUGCUGCUAAGAAUUUGCUAUAAACAAUGGUCAAGAACGUGAACUGUGAGCUGCAGCACGGAAGCGUGGCCCAGGAGCACGAGACCGUCCAGGCUGGAAUGGAGCCCUUCGCAGAUGAGGGGAAGGAGAGGAAGGAGCUCUCUGCUGCUGCGCCCGGUGUUCUCUGGCGAGUGACCGGAGGCCUCUUCAGUGCCACCAAGGGUGUUGUCGGGGCAACAGUCGGGGGAGUGGCCUGGCUAGGCGGGAAAAGCAUGGAGAUCACCAAAUCAGCAGUCAGCUCUGUCCCCUCUGUUGGUGUUGGCCUGGUAAAAGGUGUAGCCGGGGGGGUGUCGACAGUCGGUGCAACCGUAGCUAGCAAAGUUCCGUUCACAGGGAAGAGGAAAGAUAAGGCAGAGUGAAGAUUACAGUGAAGAAGAUGAUGACUAUGAUUUUGGACAAGGAGAGUGCACCUCUGAGCCCUGACACGAGUUUGAUUCCUUGUACUGGUGCAGCAUACUUUUUUUUUUUUAUAUAUAUAUAUAUAUAUAUAUAUUUUCUGUGUUUCUGGCUUUUCUAAAUGCUGGUUGUUUGAGUGUUUUUUUUGUUUUUUUUUGGUUCAGGGCAUCCUGAUGUUGGCUCCUAUUCAUGGUGACAUACUCGUGAUCAAUGGUGUUUUCAUUUUCAGCAGAGAUGUUCUGCAGUCUCUGAAAUAUUUUGUAAUCAGCCUUUCCAAAUGCAAAGGACUCUGAACAUUUGAAAAAAGGGGGAACAUUUCAAAAGAACAUUAGAGGGUUUCUGCUGUUGAUGUAUUGGGCUGCUUUGGCAAAAAUUUUAAUCAUGAAACAAGACCUUACUGUUUACAAGCAGAAAACAAUAUUUAAAGAUGCCCAUUUCUCCAGUGUAUCAUCAAGUGGAGCUCUUUAUAGCUUGUGUAUGUGGAGAUUUUCUAUGUAAUUUCUGCAUUGCAAGGUUUGCCAUUAUGUGUGUUUUUCUGUCUGUAAACUUGUGCUCUCUCUUCUUUAACUAAAAUAAAGCCAUAUAGAUCUUUAUUGUAAA